AUGACAGCCACAAGAACCGACACGAAAAGGCAACCCAUCGAACCCAACGCAGCACCAGAGAAUUUUCCGCAUGAAAUACCAGGCUUCAAAUGGUUACUCGUUAUCGCAGCCAUUUACAGCUCCCAGUUCCUCUUCGCCCUCGAUAACAUCACCGUCGCAAAACUCUCAUGGAUCAGCGUUUCAUUCCUAAUUGGUUCCGCGGGAACAGACUUGAUCUGGGGAAAAUUCUAUGCUCAAUUAAAUGCCAAGUGGACUUAUAUUGUCUGUGUAGCUGUUUUCGAAGUUGGGUCUGCCGUCUGUGGAGCUGCGCUGUCUAUUAAUGCUUUUAUUAUUGCUCGCGCUAUAUGUGGUGUUUCAGGGGCUGGUAUGUAUAUCGAGCUCAUGACUCUACUUUCUAUUACGAUUACCAUUCAAGAGCGUCCCGACUGGAUGGCGUUGGUCGUUCUAUAUCAAUCUCCUUAUUGGCACCGUGUGCCUCCUAUCUAUUUGUUCAUGUUCCCGUCAGAUAAGGAUCCUCAUCCUGGUGUUAGCUUUCUUGAUCGUGCUCGUGAGAUCGUCGGCCUAUUCAUCUGCUCCGGAGUCCUCUUCAUCCUCCUCGGCAUCCAACAGACAUAUACAAUUUUCACUGCUGUCGCAUGUCGUAUUAUACCUAUCGAAUUCUUCACGAUGCCCACUAUCCUGAUUCUUUUUGCAGCAACGGCGGCAGGCGGUACCACUAUCUUCGUUCCUGUAUAUAUGGCGCCUUUAUUCUUCCAAUUUACACGAGAUGACUCUGCUCUUGAAUCUGGCGUCCGUAUAUUGCCGUUUAUCUUCGUAAUGAUUGUGGCGAUUAUUGCCAACGGUGCCAUCCUCUCGAAAUUCGAUCUGUCCAUGUCUUGGUAUCUUGCAGGAGGAAUCUUGAUUGUGAUUGGUGCCGCAUUGAUGUAUACGAUCUAUCUUUCAACGUCCGUCUCUCAGAUUUACGGAUAUACCGUCUUGAUCGGAUUCGGCGUUGGGCAUGUUUUCUCAGGCAUCCUUCUCAGUCGCCCAAGCUCUGCCGUUGGAUUCAUAUCAUGCGCUCAGAUAACUGGGAUUACACUAUCUCUCGCUAUUGCCAACGCAGUAUUUCUGGACAAAAGUAGGGAGGGCAUCAAGACCAUCCUGCCUGAUAUUCUUGCUUCAGAGAUUGAGCAGACGAUUGCAGGAGCACGGUCUACUCUUUUGAAGAGCUUGUCUCCAUCCGUCAAGGAUAAGGUGUUGGCAAUCAUUGUGGAUGUGGAUGCUCAAAACAAUUCAUAA